GAGACUGUUUUGUCAGCGCCGUUUUUUUUGUCAGUGCUCUCAUUGACAUACAUUGGUCUAUGGCGGUUCAUUUGGCACACCUGAAUCAAACGGAGCCAUUAUUAAUUGUAUUAGCUGCAGCUGUGCUUGUCUGCCGUGACCAAUGGCCGUGACACGUCAGGUGAAAAGCUUCCGCUUAGCUGCUAAUAUCCGUAACGUUAAUGCUGCCGUGGGCGCGACAGUCAAGUAGCAGUUCUAAAAGUUGAGACUUAACAACAAUAAACUUCCCACUCUGUGCUGGGUGCUCCUCCUGGAGUUUUCAGGGUGAUGGAGCAGCGCGGAGGUGCAGGCGGGGGAACGGAGAGCCCCAGCCUUCGGGACAGCACCAGCCCAGAGGAGAGAGGAGGGGAGAGCCCUGCCUCCAGUGGCCCCCCGCCGUGCAAGUUGAGCCUCCUGGAGGUCAACGGCAGCCCAGCAGCUCCGCGGACCAGACAGAACGGCACGCCGCUGAGGCGACUAGGAGGUCUGAUGAUCCCAGUCUACUGUGUGGUGGAGCAUGCCGACGUGGGCGUAGCUGGUGACUGUGAGGGGCGUGGCGACCGUCACGCUGAGUUUGUGUUGGUCCAUAAGGAUGUCCUCUUCACGCAGCUGGUGGAGACGGCACUGGUCGCCCUGGGAUACUCACACAGCGCAGCUGUACAGGCAAGUGGCAUCAUUAAAGUGGGCCGCUGGAAGCCGAUGCCCAUCCACUACCUAACAGACGCUCCAGAAGCAACAGUGGCUGACAUGCUGCUGGACGUUUACCACAUGGUUACACUGCGGAUCAUACUGCACAGCUUUGCCCGGCUGGAGGAGCUGCCGUCAGAGCAGUGGACCCACGCCACAGUGAGGAACGCCCUCCGAGAGCUGCUCAGAGAGACCAACCAGUGCACGCUGGCCAAGGAGUGUCCUCUCUCCCAGAGCAUGAUCUCAGCGAUACUGAACAGUUCCUACUACGUUAACGUCUCCACCUCUAAAUGCCAGGAGUUUGGACGAUGGUACAAGAGGUACAAACGCAUCAAAGGUGAAUACAUUGAAAAGAUGUGGUCAUCACAGGACAAAUCAGAUAUUAAAGUGGAGAGGGAUCUGGACUUGAGCGUCCUCAGCCAGCGUCCCCCCUCUCACUUACCCUCCCCCACUCAUAUGGGCACCCUAGGCGGCCCUGGAGCUCUGUCCAUCAAGGGUGGCCUCGGGGACUCUCAGACCUCCACCCAGCCUCAAUGUCUGCCUCACCACGCCAGCCAGCACCACCCCGGUGCACCGCUGCGUCCCCAGGGCCCACCUCUCCUGGCCCACAGCGGGCUCCUGUCCCCUCAGCUCGUCCGUCAGCAGCUCGCCAUGGCCCACCUCAUCAACCAGCAGCUGGCCGUCAGCCGCCUGCUCGCGCACCAGCACCCGCAGGGAGUCAACCAGCAGUUUCUCCACCACCCGCCCAUCUCACGGAGCUGCAAGGGCCCCGGGGCCGCUGCCGAGCACGGCCUCAACUGCUCAGGGGCCGAAGUCUCCUCCGCCAUUUACCAGCAAGUCAGGAACGAGCUGAAGAGGGCCAGCAUUUCUCAGGCGGUGUUCGCCCGUGUGGCUUUCAACCGCACCCAGGGGCUGCUGUCAGAGAUCCUUCGUAAGGAGGAGGAUCCUCGCUCGGCCUCCCAGUCGCUGCUGGUCAACCUGAAGGCCAUGCAGAACUUCCUCAACCUGCCGGAGGGCGAGCGAGACCGCAUCUACCAGGAGGAGAGAGAGAGGAGCACCAAUCACAACCUCUCCACCAACCACAUCUCCAGCAGCAACACACACAGAACCCCACAGCAGACAAAGUGCAUCAUUCCUGCUGCUGAGCUGCCGUUGAAGUUGGACUCGCUGGUGAACAUCUCGUCAGGCAUCUAUGAUGAGAUCCAACAGGAGAUGAAGAGGGCGAAGGUCUCCCAGGCUCUGUUCGCCAAGGUGGCCGCCAAUAAAAGUCAGGGCUGGCUGUGUGAGCUGCUCAGGUGGAAAGAGAGCCCGAGCCCUGAGAACCGCACGCUGUGGGAGAACCUGUGCACCAUCCGGAGGUUCCUGGCGUUGACGCCGGCCGAUAGAGAUCAAGUCUACGAAGAAGAGUCGAGGCAGCAGCACAGCGAGCGGCUCCACACCGUCCUGCACAUCCCAGACCAGCAGGCCUUCCACAGACAGCCUCUGACCACUCCAUCUCCGAUUCACGAAGACCCAAAGCCCAUCCCGUUGCUGGUCUUGCACGGCCCAGAGGAGCGUGGCGCGAGCCCCACCCCCGGAGGAGGCGGACCGAAGAAGGCCCGCUCACGGACGCGGAUAUCCCUGGAGGCCCUUGGGAUCCUGCAGAGCUUCAUCGGCGACGUGGGGCUCUACCCGGACCAGGAGGCCAUCCACACCCUGGCAGCCCAGCUGGAUCUUCCCAAGCACACCAUCGUCAAGUUCUUCCAGAACCAGCGCUACAACGUCAAGCACCACAACCCGGUCAGAGAGCCGGCCCCCGGGGAGGACGACCGGGAGAGCUCGAGUCCCAGCGAGGGGGGCGUCUGCGCGGGGGAGAGUCGAGGGGAGGAGGGCCUUUCUGUGUCCGAGGAGUCCAGCGAGGAUGGGGGCGGAUCGGCGGAGGUGUUCAGAACAAAGGGAGCAGACGGAGGAGGAGAAGAAAGAUAUGUGGAGAUGGAGAUGGAGAAGGAAGACGGGGAUGAUGGGAAAGCCUCGGGGCCAGCGACUUCCUCCCUGUCCCCCUACAGCAGCCUGGACAGCCCCCCCUCUGCAGAGCAGCAGAGAUAACAGCAGAGAAGGAAGAUUUGAGGAAAACCUUCGAGGAAAGCAAACUGUGAAGCCAACACACACACACACAGAUGACCUGUGAAGAAACACACACCCGUUCAGCCCCUUCACCAGAGCUGAUGAUCAGAGCUCGUUAAUAUCUGAAGAACUGUGGACAAAUAUUUAAGUCAUGUUUGACUUACAAAGGGAUCCAACGGUACUACCACUACGUUCAAAUACUUCCAGUAUUUUUGGUUUGAUGCUGCCCGUAAAGAAACAUUUCCUCCUACAUUUUCAGUGUUUCACCCAGUUUUUUUUUUCUUCUUCUAAAGGGAUAGGAAUGCAUUUUAAACGGAAUUAGAUCAACACUACACUUUGCUGAAAACAAGGGGUUCAAAGUGGCAUUCCACAAAAAAUUUCGGAACACCUCUGUAGGCUUUAGAGGUGUCUGUAAAACGUCCUUAAACUACUAAUCCACUUCUCUUACAGUUCUGUGCAAUAGUGCAACAUGGAAGCUGUGUAUUUAGUAUCCAAGUAUUAUGACGAACGGAUACAGGUUACAUGCACUGACAGAGGAGAAGUGGCUUUAGCUGCACGAGUGAUUGGAGAGGUUUGGGGUCUUCAGCCACCUUUUUUGCUAACAUUGUUUAUUAUAUUUGGGGCUGAAGUGUUGGACACUCAAAAGUUAAGGUGGGGCGAGGGAGGUUUCACUGUAGGCGUUAAGCAUUAGAUGGCAGUAAAGUCCAAAUGUAAUUGAAUUUGACAUGAUCUCACAGAAAAAAGGUGAGGAGAACUACUGCAAGGGAAGUGUUUGGCUUCUUUUUGUUGCGCUUUACGUAAGUAGAAAGUAAACUUUAAAGAACUACGUGACUCUCCAUGGAUGCCGAAUUGCUCACAUAUAACACGCCAAAUGCCAAACUGAUUUGGAGUUUACUGCCAACCUUCCAAACUCACCACAAUUAAGCUUUUGAGUAAAAUCCUCCCAAACCUCAGUUAUUUUUCUGGUUAAGAUAUUAGAAAGAAAUAAAAAUCGAUGAAUCAAUUAAAAUAAUUUGAGAAGCUGCAGUCUGAGGUGGGAACGCUUGGCUCUUGUUGUUGGUGUGCGUUGCAUUCAUAUUGGGACCAAGAAUAAACUGUACUGACAUUGGGCAGUAUACCUCAUGAGGCAAGCAUUCGCAGGGCAAUAACAUGAGCACCUCCACCCAAACUGAAGCCCACUUUACAUUAUCUUUUUUAAAUGUAUAAUUAUGCUUUAGGAGGUCCCUUCAUUAACGGAGCUCUAUGUGAACCUCUAGCCUUUACUGACAGUAAAUCAGUUCCACACUACCCUCCCACUGAUAUUUAUUACUAACUUUAUAUUGACUAAAAUCUGAGUAUUGUAAUUAUUUUCUAUUUUCUUUGAUAGGACUACAAAUGUCUUUGUAAAUGUGUCUAAAAAGAGCAAAAUCUGAAAAGAUAUGAACUCAGUGUUACACAGUUUAAAAGAAUGAUUCUUUAUUUACAGUUUGACUGGAAGAGAACGUGUGAGUACAUUAUGAUGUAAAUGUUGACAAUCCACCUGCGAAACUGAAUCUGUCAUCAUAUGUGGGAGGCAACCACUGUCACCGUUUUGUGUAAUUUGUGCCACAAAGGAACAGGGUAUGAAUGCACAUUAUUAGUAUUUCAGUUUGACAAUCAUGUCUGUCCUGGAAUCACACAAGGUUUCUGAUUUGUUCCACUUUGAUGUUUUAUCAUUGCUCUUUGAUUCUGUUGUGGGCAGGACAUGAAAGUCUGAUAAAAAACUUUUCCAAAGUA